AGAUCAGGUCUGAUCAAAAUCCUAAUUUUAUAUUGUACAAGUCAUGACUGUGUCUGUGUGUGUGUUCUGAAGUUCAGUGACACUCGAACAAGGUUAUUUUAGGCAAUCAUUAAUUUAAUUCGUUUUUAAAAUUUGCUUAAGAUAAACUUCAGUGCAAAUGUGUAUCCUGUCCUUUCCUCUGUGUUGAAAAUCUGUUUAAUAUAAAAGAUGGAAAAGGAUAAUUACUAAUGAUUUCACAUUUUUUAACCAUUUUAAACUAUACCUAUAUAAAUUAAGGACAAUUUCAGAGCGCAACCUUCAAACACAACCUUUAGCAUCACCAACAGUAAACAGUAAACCAAAACACCUUCAAUCUGCUAUUUAUCACCUUGGAAUGCCUUAAAAUAAUAUUUACUUGACAUGGCUAGCCUCAGGCUUGUCAUUAAUUAUUAACCAGCAAAGCCACUGUAAGGAGAACAGAGAAUAAACUUAACAUAAAGUACAGAAAAGCAUUCAGAAGAACAAGAUGAGAUGUUUUCAAAUAUCAGUAAUCAAACGUAAAAACAAGACUGCAGGUGGCUGCCCUGAGACACCUUUUGUCCUCUUGAAUUCCAGAGCCAUGACAGGAGUGGCUUUGUACCUGCAUGACCGGUUCAGCAACACGUCACACCUGUGGACUUUUUUUCUCAGUUCACUCGCUGUCUGUUUCACCGAAGCAAGAUGGCAGAGGCGACAAACCCGGCUGCGACCUCCUUUCCGGCACCCACCAUCUCUCUGCCGCUCGGGCCCGAUGUUAUCAGGACCUACUCGGGUGCCCUGAUCUGCUUGGAAAUUAUUUUUGGGGGACUAGUAUGGAUUCUUGUGGCCUCCUCGAAUGUACCCGUGCCACUGCUGCAGGGAUGGGUAAUGUUUGUGUCCAUCACCGCCUUCUGUUGUUCUUCAGCAUACCUCGCCCUCUUUCUGCUCGGGCUUGCACACCGCAUUAACACUGACUGGAACUUUAUGGACAUGAUGUACCAUUUCAUUGCCUUGCUCUUCUAUUUUGCUGCAUUUGUGCUGGAGGCUGCAACUACGUCUGCAACCUCCAAAAAUUACAUGAACAACACAGCGUGCAUACAAAGACCAAGAUCAAAUAUUGUCACGUUUAUGAAUUUCCGACAGUACAGCAUUAAUGUGGUAGCUACGAUUUUUGCAUUUUUUGUGACCGUUUGCUACGGCUGCAGUAUGUUCAUGGGCUUUAAACGGUGGAGGAAGUGAUGCAAGUAAUUCAAGACUGACAGAAAACUCCACAGUUAUGGCUAUUACAACGGUGCUCCCUGAUGCCACGUUUACUCCUCCGGCUCCACUCUCACAUGUCACUGAGUUAUGAUAAAAAACAAGCAGCUUGUACAGAAAUGUCUUUAUAUAUUUGUUUUUAUUUAAGAUAAAGUUGAGUCUAUAAACAGACUAGUGUUUUUAAUCAAUUACUACAUGUUUUGGUACUUCACAGCAUUUUCAGUAAGUUGAGAUAGUUAUGUCUAUGUACUUUUUAAGAAAACGUAUUGACGGUGCAGCAGUAAAACACGCUAGCACACCAGAGCUGACAUUUCACACUCACGAGUUCUAAGCUUUGUUAACAGCAGCCAUUACGGACAAUGAUUGAUCCGUCCGUCGGGUGGGUUUGCUGGAGGGGAUUCUUCAUAACUGCUGCAAUUACAACCUCUGCUGGUUGAUUGAGGGUGUCUGUACAACAGGACAUGGGAUAAUGGGGAUCUGUGCAAGACUCUCCAUACACAAUAUUGAUCCCCACAUGAACCUGCCUCAUGUGGGUGAAAAAAAGUGGCCAGCUCUGUCGGGAGGGAGACAAGCGAUGGUUGUAGCUCUCCUAAGAUUGGGAGUGGAGGAUUGCAGCACUAGAAGCCGAAAAACGAAAUGGGUAAUUGGAUACAACUAAAUUGGGAGAAAAAAAUAUAUAUAUGAAAAAAUUUAUAUAUAAAAUGAAUAAUAAAAUCUGUUUAAUGCUACAAAUCA